UCAGUUUUCCGUGCACACUCAACGAGAAGAAACAUACGUAAUACGGUAAAAUAUUUGUGUUUUGUAAAAUUGCUGAAAUUGCACACUGAAAAUUCCAGUCUGCUCAGCAAGCGAAAAUAUGUGGCAUGGAAUUGCUGUGCUCUGCUGCAUUUGGAGUGCAUUUUUGGUGAACAACAGCCUGCAGCAACAAAUCAGCAUUGGUGCCCUUUUCUACGACAAUGAACUGGAGCUGGAGAAGGAAUUUAUGUCGGUUAUAAAUUCUAUUAAUGGACCUCAACCUGACCAAGGCUCUUUCAUAUAUCCUUUGAUAAAACGUUUAAAGCCCGAGGAUGGCAGCGUUAUUCUUCAAGAACACGCCUGCGAUCUAAUUGAUAAUGGUGUCGCCGCUAUUUUUGGACCAAGUUCACAAGCGGCUAGCGACAUCGUUGCUCUAGUGUGCAAUAGUACUGGGAUACCACAUAUUGAGUUCGAUAUGUCCGAUGAGGAGCAUAUGGAGGAGAAGCCGAACCAUCAAAUGAGCCUCAAUCUGUAUCCCUCACAGCUGAUGCUCUCCAAGGCCUAUGCGGAUAUUGUGCAGAAUUAUGGCUGGCGAAAAUUCACAAUUGUCUACGAUGCAGAUGAUGCCAAGGCAAAUGCCCGGUUGCAAGAUCUGUUGCAACUGUGCGACAUGCACAAUGAUGUGGUACGUGUGCGUAAAUACACAAAGGACGACGACUAUCGUGUGAUGUGGAAGAGCAUCCGGGGAGAGCGUCGUGUGGUCUUGGACUGUGCUCCCGAUAUGCUCGUCGAGCUGCUCAACUCCUCAUCGGAGUUCGGCUUAACCGGACAGUUUAAUCACAUUUUCCUCACCAAUCUGGAGACAUACAGUGAUCAUCUGGAGGAGCUCACUGCGGAUAAUGAAACAUUUGCCGUGAACAUAACCGCAGCCCGUAUACUGCUCACUCCGGAGCCACCAGCCCACCUUCGUCUAUAUGGCUAUGUGUCACAACGUGACAGUGUUGUGUAUGAGAACAAUGAGCCUGUACGCACUUUAUUGCAUGACCUGAUAAACGAUGGAGUCCAGCUGUUUGUACAAUCCUGGCGAAAUGCCAGCUACUUCUAUCCGGAUCGAAUGGCGGUGCCUCGCAUGAAUUGUGAUUUGGCCACCUCCGGUGGGCGUCCUUGGCCAAUGGGUCGCUUCUUGACGCGCCUUAUGAAGGGGACUUCCGGUGUGAAUAGCACGAAUUUUCGCACCAGCAAUUUACAGUUUGACGAGGAUGGACAGCGAAUUAAUUUCAAUAUUGAAAUUUAUGACCCCACCGAUAACAUUGGCAUCGCCGUGUGGGACACAAGGGGCCAGAUAACCCAGCUGGACAUGGAGAUGAAGGUGCAGAAGAAGGUUGUCUAUCGCGUUGCCACCCGCAUUGGUCCGCCCUAUUUCUCCCGGAACGAGACCGCAAUGGAACUCAAUUUGACGGGCAAUGCAAUAUACCAAGGAUAUGCUGUGGAUCUCAUCGAUGCCAUUGCGCAAGAGGUGGGAUUCGAGUAUAUAUUUCUGCCUGUGGCGGAUCAGCAGUAUGGCAAACAGGACAAGGAUACGAAACAGUGGAAUGGCAUCAUUGGUGAAAUCAUCAAUAAUGAUGCUCACAUGGGCAUUUGUGAUUUGACAAUCACUCAAGCUCGUCGCACAGCUGUUGAUUUUACGGUGCCCUUUAUGCAGCUGGGUGUCAGCAUACUGGCCUACAAGAGUCCGCACAAGGAGAAGGAGCUGCAUGCCUAUCUGAAGCCCUUUGGCGGAGAGGUCUGGAUUUGGAUACUCAUAUCUGUGUUUGCCAUGUCCUUCCUCAAGGUCAUCAUAGCAAGAAUCGCCAAGGAUGAGUGGGUGAAUGCGCAUCCUUGCAAUCAUGAUCCGGACGCCUUGGAGAAUCAGUGGCAUUUGCAUAAUACAUUUUGGCUGACGGUGGCAUCGAUAAUGACAGCUGGCUGUGACAUUUUGCCCCGGAGUCCACAGGUGCGUCUGUUUGAGGCCACUUGGUGGAUAUUUGCCAUCAUUAUUGCCAAUUCGUAUACGGCCAAUUUGGCUGCCUUUUUGACCAGCUCCAAGAUGGAGGGCAGCAUCGGCAAUCUCAAAGAUCUGAGUGCGCAAAAGGAUGUUAAGUUUGGCACCAUUCUCGGUGGAAGCACCUAUAACCUGUUGGCCGAGUCCAAUGAGACGGUCUAUCGCCUGGCCUUCAAUCUGAUGAACCAGGAUGAUCCCUCGGCCUACACCAAGGAUAAUGAUGAGGGUGUUGAGCGAGUGCUGGCUAGCUGCGGUGACUAUAUGUUCCUCAUGGAGACGACAACGCUCGAGUAUAAUCGCGAGCAGCACUGCGAUCUGAGGGCGGUGGGCGAGAAGUUUGGGGAGAAGCAUUAUGCGAUUGCGGUACCCUUUGGCGCCGAGUACCGUUCCAAUUUGAGUGUUGCCAUCUUGCGGCUGAGCGAGCGAGGCGAACUGUACAAUCUAAAGCAGAAGUGGUGGAAGAAUCCCAAUGCCAGCUGCUUCGAGGAACCCGAUCCGGAUGCCACCCCAGACAUGACCUUCGAGGAGCUGCGUGGCAUCUUCUACACGCUCUAUGUGGGCAUUCUGAUUGCCUUUCUCAUUGGCAUCACCGAGUUUCUUGUCUAUGUGCAACAAGUGGCACUCGAAGAACGUUUGCGGUUCAAGGAAGCCCUCAGAAAGGAGAUGCUGUUCGUGCUGUGCGUGUGGAACAACAAAAAGCCAAUUGCACGCAAUACGCCGGCCUCCAGUUUGGGCGCCACGUCGCGCCAAUCAACGGAGAAGUCCAUGGAGCGGACACCGAAGUCAGCGCGUCGCAUUGUCCUUGGCCGCUCCUCUGAGGAGAUGCGCGAAUUGCCGCCGCAGAGCCGAGCAGGUAGCAGCAGCGAGGAGAAGGACAAGGAGCAGCACGAAGCACGCGUCUGAUAUUUUCACUCUUCAUUCUCCUUAUAAUCUCUCCUCAAUAAUAAUCCAAAAAAUAAAAAUAUUAAAUAAUAAUAAAAAAUAAAUGAAGAAAUGA